GUCAUGACAACGCGGAAAAAGAGGAACUAGGAAGACGUCGAGUUUCAAAAGGAGUCCUAUUCUUUCUAAUCAACCACCGCAAAUUAAUCAAAUCAUAAAAUGGCUCACUUUAGAAAGAGAGAUUGGAAACCAGAUCAUGUCAUCAUGCAGGAGAAUCCACACAUUUUGCAUACCCACGAAGCUAUGGUGGACCUGAUAAAUGGAAGAACCACUAAUUACACCUUUAUGGACGCCUUUAACUAUGGCCUGUUGGGUCUUGAUAUUGUCAACCCCUUCGUGGGUGACUAUAUUGACGAUGAAUACGACGACGACGACGACUAUUAUGAUGAGAAAAAACGCAAAGAUAAAAAAGCCUAUUGCGGUUUUACACACAAUUUUUUAGGGCAUAGUAGCUCAAAGCUACCCUUAACCCCCCACCCAUGUAUAAGACAACUCACUCCUGAGGAGGCUGAAAAAAACGGCAGAGAACUAAUAGAAGAAGAGAGCAAACUAAAAGAAAAGGCAGAAAAGAAAAGACUUAAAAAGAAGCGACAGAAGGAGAGGAGACGUGCAGGAAAAGAAAAGGAGUCUGAGAAUCAAGGGCCAGGGAGGCCCAGCCGCUCGGAGAAACAGGGAGGAGAUUUAAACAUUGAGCGAGAGCAGCAGAAGGAGAAGGAGUUUACAGAGGAGCGCCUUGGUCCGGGACCUGGUGGUACUGCAGCCUGUAGCAGGCAGCAGGAGGCGCAGGAUCCUCCUUUGGACUGUGGUAGCAGUAAUGAGGACCAGGAGGACGUGGGAGACGAGGGCUUAGCCAGGGAGCCAGAGGAGUUGGAUAUGAGUAGCUGCUUCGUCUCUACGGCUGCUUGUAUUGCUAAACGACAACUAGAGCAGAACCCCAAACCAGAGAAGAAAAUUAUUAUCCAGCAGCCUCAGAAGCCAGUGGUGGAACAGCAGCAGCAGAAGGAACAGCAGCAGCAGAAGGAACAGCAGCAGCAGAAGGAACAGCAGCAGGAGAAGGAACAGCAGCAGGAGAAGGAACAGCAGCAGCAGAAGGAACAGCAGCAGCAGAAGGAACAGCAGCAGGAGAAGGAACAGCAGCAGCAGAAGGAACAGCAGCAGCAGAAGGAACAGCAGCAGGAGAAGGAACAGCAGCAGGAGAAGGAACAGCAGCAGCAGAAGGAACAGCAGCAGGAACAGCAGCAGGAGAAGGAACAGCAGCAGGAACAGCAGCAGGAACAGCAGCAGGAACAGCAGCAGGAGAAGGAACAGCAGGAGGUUAUUGUCAGGAAAAAGGAGAAAAAGGUGGAGGCCAACGUCGAUGAUAUUCUUAAAAGAAGCACAGAGCUCGCCCUCAUAGGAAACCAGUUCGCAGCCUGUGGUCAGCUGGAAAUGGCAGUCAAGUAUUUCACUGAUGCUAUUAAACACAAUCCUACAGAAUUUAAGCUGUUUGGGAACCGGUCCUUUUGUUAUGAGAAGAUGCAGCAGUAUGAUCGGGCCUUGAGUGAUGCCGAUCUGGCCCUCUCCAUGGAGCCUGGUUGGAUUAAAGGACUAUAUAGGAAGGGGAAGGCUCUGUCUGGACUCAAGAGGUACUUUGAGGCAUGCCAGACCUAUAAGGAGGUAUUAAUGCAGGACAGUUUGUGUUCAGAUGCUGCUCAGGAGUUGAUGAAAGUUCAGAUCAUGCAGCUGAUGGAAAUGGGAUUUACUCGUGAGCAGAGCUCUAAUGCGCUGAUUGUCCAUGGAGACUUUGAGAAGGCGGUUAAUGUCCUGUCUGGUAUUGAAGAUGAAUAUGGUAGUAAUGACUUUCCUGCGGCUGCCACCUCAGCAGAGGACAGUGCAACGUGGGAGGGAGUGGGCCCCAGGCCUAAACCUCUCCUCCAAACCAGACCUAAACCCAGAUCCACUACCCCAGGCCCUGAACCCAGAUCCACUACCCCAGGCCCUGACCCCAGAUCCACUACCCCAGGCCCUGUACACCACGUUGCACCAGGAGGGAGCACAAGCAGUCUGUUUCCUGUAUAUGUUGGCUGUUUGGGGCCCAACACAACACAACCAAUGCUACACAGCCUCUUCAGCAGUGCUGGGACGAUCCACAGUAUCAAAAUCUUGCGCUCUUCCAACUGUGCAUUUAUCAACUACACCAACAUGGACCACUGUGAGAGAGCCAUCAGGACUCUAAAUGGUGAGGUGUUGAACGGAGUGAUGCUGGCUGUCCGUCACCCCGACAGAGUGAUGCAGAAGAAACUGGGCUUGUCCCAAUUAGCUUUCACCCUCACCAACGCACCAGAGAAGAGUCAGGAGUGUUACUUCUGGAGAACCACAGGCUGUGUCCGACACAAUACCUGCAUCUUCAGACACGUGCCCCAACACAAGGGCAUCGACAGGGACAAGGUCAACAAGUGAACACCAGACAACCACACACCAAUAACCUGGUCCUGGAAGCUGGAUCAGAGGUCCCCCCCCCAGGCUUACUUUUCAAAUAUGCUUUUUAUAAAAUUAAAAGGUUAUAUAAGUAGACUUAAAAUUCGAUAAGCUAUAAUUGACUCAACAACCAAUAAACACAUUUUUUUUUUUUAUCAACUAGGAAAUGUAGUUAUAUGUCGCUGUUGUUUUUCAAAGUUAGCUGGCUAAUUUGCUAAUCCUGUUUUUUUUUAUGGACCGCUGGGAAAGAAUCACGGCUUCUACUGACAUGUUCUCUGUACUGACAUGUUCCCUGUUCUCUGUACUGACAUGUUCUCUGUACUGACAUGUUCCCUGUACUCUGUACUGACAUGUUCCCUGUACUGACAUGUUCCCUGUACUGACAUGUUCCCGACAUGUUCCCUGUACUGACAUGUUCCCGACAUGUUCCCUGUACUGACAUGUUCCCUGUGCUGACAUGUUCCCUGUACUGACAUGUUCCCUGUGCUGACAUGUUCCCUGUACUGACGUGUUCCCUGUACUGACAUGUUCCCUGUACUGACAUGUUCCCUGCUAUGUUCUCAUUCACUCUAUAUUGGAGAAAAGCCUUGAUAUACAGUGCCUUGCGAAAGUAUUCGGCCCCCUUGAACUUUGCGACCUUUUGCCACAUUUCAGGCUUCAAACAUAAAGAUAUAAAACUGUAUAUUUUUGUGA